AAUUUUGUUUUUUCGUUCACGAAAAAAAAUGGCAAAGCUCGUCAAGUGUUGUUUUUUAGUAUCUUUUAUUCGACGCAACUCGCAUCCGCCACGCUUUCCCUUUCAUCAGUUUCACGCGAUCGACUCGCUAAUAUCGGUGCCUUUUUAUCCGUGAAAUCUUCAGUCGCUUCCCCUUUUCUCCAAAUAAUAAGGCAUAACCGAUGUUCUUCCUGAAAGAGUUGACACACACUAUCACGUUGCAUCCAUCAUACUUUGGACCGGACAUGCAGGCGCAACUGCAAGAUAAACUCUACGCAGAUGUACAGGGAACAUGUUCGGGACGAUUCGGUUACAUCAUUACUGUCGUAUCCGUAUUAAGUACAAGCAAAGGCAAGAUCUUACCGGGAUCCGGCCUAGCAGAAUUCAAAAUCAAAUAUCAAGCUAUCGUUUUCAAACCAUACAAAGGCGAAGUAUUAGACGCAGUGGUUACAACCGUCAACAAAAUGGGCUUCUUUGCGGAUGCGGGACCACUGCAAAUUUUCGUUUCCAAUCAUCUCAUACCAAACGACAUGCGUUACGAUCCCAGCGGAAAUCCACCAUAUUACUCAUCGGACGAUCAGAUGAUCACAAAAGAUGUGCAGGUUCGCAUUAAAUUAGUAGGCACCCGCGUCGAUGCUACUGAAAUAUUUGCUAUUGGCACGAUCAAAGAAGACUAUCUCGGCGUCAUCUCAUCAUAAAUUUCAAGCCACCCUCCAUCUAUCUUAUAUACACGUAUCAAAUCGGCAUAAAAAAAACAAGCUUCUUUUUUCCUUUUCGGUCAAUGGUCAUCGAUGGCAUUGCUUCUAUGUCAAAAGGGGGAAAAAAAUCACAAAACUGCGAAAUUCACAAACGGCAAUGGAAGGCUUCAGAGAAGGGCAUGGCAGUAGACGCAAUAUAUUUUGAAAGGAGACGGGUGAGGUUUUCCGACGCGUCUCUUCUUUUCCAGAAGAAACAUUUCAAUCGUUUUGUAUAGAUACAACUCAAUGAAGACUUGAUUCGAUAGCGUUAAUUUGAACAACAUUCAUUUUUUUAUUUUAUUUUUUGCAACUGCUAACUCAUGGUCUGACAGUCCCUCAAAAGGGAACCCGCAAAAAGUUAUAAUAAAUAGAAUUUGCCCAUUGA